GCUCAGUAAUGCUUAUAGGCCAAUAAUUUCUCAACUGCCAUAAACAUCCGCUAGAUCAGCUUAGUUUUAUCUUCUAACAGUACCAGGGCAUUUUCGGAAACCUCAUACUAUAUACCGAGUUAUAGCAAGUAUUGGUUGAAGGCCAGGCGGAAUGCAGUCAUUUCUCCAGUAUCGGCGCUUCGGCAAAAUACUCGAAGCUCAACUAGAGCGCAGCGGUGAGAAAGUCACUAAACUGCGCCAGCAGCGGAAGAAUGGUCUCCAAAAGAGCAUUUUAACGUCCAGAAACCUCGCAUUGUCACAGGAAAAGGAUCUAGAGGCCGGUCCAAUUGAAGAAGAUGAAGCGGAUCAUAAAUUCCAAAAUAAUCAUUUGAUAACAAGUCCCCCAUCACAAUCCUUAGAAGAGCGUCCUGUCGCUGAACAUGACAUCGAGCAAGCGGCUAUUCCAGAUAUCGAAUCCGACGAACUUCAAAUAAUUCCUACACAAAGUACUACAGGGACGACCCUAGGUCAUGCGUUGACUGGAAUCCAAGUUCGCGAACGGACGACGAGAGAAGGGGGGCCAGAGCUAGGAAAAGUGUUCGUGGUUUCCUUUGAAAAUGCCCAGGACCCGAUGAAUCCUCAAAACUGGAGCUUUCUCAAGCGUACAACAGCGACGAUGACCCUAUCACUUAUUGGUGGCAUUGUCGGAUUCGCGAGUGCUGUAGAUUCAGCCGUUAUUCCCCAAGCGAUGGCAGAGUUUGGCGUGAGUCAAGUGGCAGAGUCACUUGCAACUGGGAUAUUUUUGAUCGGCUUCGGUGCCGGUGCUCUAAUAGCUGGCCCAUUCUCCGAGACUGUUGGACGUAAUCCGAUUUAUAUCCUAACUAUGGCCUUGUAUAUGGUAUUCCUCGUUGGCGCAGGAGCCGCGCCGAAUAUUUCGGCCCAGCUCGCUUGUCGAUUUUUUGCGGGUAUAUUUGGUGCCACGCCUCUUGUAUGCGCGGGAGGCUCGCUUUCGGAUCUAUGGACACCUGCUGAACGAGUCUUUGCAUUCCCCAUGUUCGCCUGCUUUUCAUUUCUCGGUCCGCUCAUCGGCCCUGUCGUGGGAGGUUGGGUUGGGGAGAGUAAUACCCUGAGUUGGCGCUGGACUGAAUGGAUAACAUUAAUUGCUUCGGGCGUUAUUUUGUCCAUUGUAGUUCUCAUUCAACCAGAGACAUAUCAUCCCAUCCUCCUUAAGUGGAAAGCCGAACACUUGCGUCGGUUGACCGGAGAUAAACGAUACCGUGGUGGUAUCGAAAUCAGAAAAACCCCUUUAGCAACCCGACUCGUGCGAGCAAUAUAUCGGCCGGUUUUGAUGUUCAUUCGGGAACCCAUUAUCAUUCUCUUCGGUUUAUAUCUCUCGACCAUUUACAUUGUUCUCUUUACUUUCCUUACUGGAUAUACGUUUAUUUUUACCGAUAUAUAUGGCCUCUCCCAGGGGAUGACUGGAGUUUGUUUCGUCGGGCAGAUGAUUGGAGUCUUAUCCUGCGGAGCCUUCAUCCCUCUCAACGCCCAUCUCCGCAAACGAGAUAUUGCACGAGCCAGAGUGCUUGGCCCUGAUGUCAAAGUUGCUCCCGAGUCACGUUUAUACUGGGCCAUGCUUGGCGCUCCGGCAAUCCCAAUCAGUCUGUUCUGGAUGGGUUGGACUGCGCGACCAGACAUUUCUAUCUGGUCACCACUUCUUGCCUCUGUUUUGUUCGGUUUCGGCAUAUUGUGUGUCUUCAUGACUGCUUAUCAAUACGUCAUAGAUGCAUAUGAAGUAUAUGCUGCCAGUGCUUUGGCUAGUAUUACUCUGAUUCGGUAUAUCAUAGCAGGCGCAUUCAUUGAAAUCUCCAUCCCGUUCUAUCGAAACAUGGGGUGGCAUAUACAUUGACGAUUCUUGGAAGCUUGAGUGGCGUGUUGGUUUUGAUUCCUUAUACAUUUUAUAAAUAUGGCCCCGCAAUUAGACGGAGAAGUAGGUAUAGCCCAGAAUAAGUUGCUGUUCCCUGAAUUCCUAGUCAAUUCAAGGAGUUAAUAUUACGUUUAUACUAGAGAAAAUAUUAGAG